AUGAAAUUUACAAAAAGAAUUUUAUGUAUUAUUCAAAUCUUAAUUUUUAUACAAUUAUAUUUAUGCCAAGAUGAACAAUAUUCAAGAAUUUUAAAUGAUGAUAUUAAUAAUAUUAAUAUAUUAUUAUCUAAUGAGACAUUAACUGAUGUUAACCAUUAUUUAGAUGAUGUUCUGACAGAGAAUUUAUUCAAUAGCAGUAAUUUAAUACCGGAGUCGAUUAUUGAAUAUUCAUCAACAAUUAAUAUACCUAUGAAAUAUAUCACUGAUGAAGAAGAUUAUACAUCAAUUGAAUCAAUUGCAUUUUCUAUUCUUACAAAUCAACAAAUAUUACAAGCAAUAACUAUUCUUGCUGGUAUUGCUAAUGAAAAUAUUAGUUAUACAUUUAAUAUUGAAAAUGAUAGAUUGAAAAUUAUUUUUUCACAAGAUAAUCUACUUGAUAUAAUUUUAACAACAAAAAAUGAUACAGAAUUAAUUAAUAAUGGACAAUGGCAUCGAUUAUAUAUUGAACGAUCAAAUCGAAAGUUACGAUUUAUUCUUGAUAAUGUUGAACAAUCAAAUACUGAAUUGCCUGAUGAAUGGCAAAAGACAAUAAAUAUAUUCAUUGGAGCACAAUUAAUAAUUGUACCCAAUGGUAAUUAUAAUGGUAAAAUUGGUGAUAUUAUAGUAUCUAAUAUGGAUCGAUCUUUAAAUCUUCGUGAAAAAGAUAAUUCAAAUGAGAAUUUCGAAGAUUCUAUAACAACAAUAAUUUCAUCAUCUAUAAAUCAAUCACAAUCAAUUCAAACAAUUGCUUUUCUUCCAAAUGAUAAUAAUGAAAUUAUUUUUCCAUCACCAAUUAAAUUCUUCUUUAAAAUUUUUUCAUUUUCAUUUCGUACAUAUUCCAAUCUUAGUACACUUAUACAAUUUGAUGAAAUUCAAUUAAAUAUUGAUAUUGAUGGUUAUUUAAUAUUAGUCAUUCGUGAUCAACUAGUACAAAAAAUUUUCUCAAAUGAAAAACAAAAACCAAUCAAUGAUGGAAAACUUUAUAUUGUACAAUUAGAAUUAAAUAAUCAAACUCUUGAAACAUGGAUAGAUAAAAAUAAGAAAAUUUCUACUGAACUUUCAAGAUCAUAUUUAAUCAUUGAAAAUUUUCUAUUUGGUUUACAUAAUCAAUUUAUUGGUUGUAUAGAAAAUGUAACUUAUAAUAAUCAAAUAUUUUCAUUUGAAAAUUUAUCAUUAAAUCGACAAAAAUGUUUUUUAAAUAAUAUGAUAAUAAAAUCAUCAAUAGAUGAUAUUCAUAUUGAUCAAAUUAUUUCAUUUAAAGAUAAUGAUCGUCCUUUGAUUAUUAAUUUUGAUAAACCUGAAGAAUUUCAUAUAUUUUCAUUUAUAUUUUCUACACAAGAAUCAAAUUGUAUUAUUUGUUCAUUAGCUGAUAAUACAUAUAAUAAUUUUAUUAUAUUAAGUAUUCGUUAUGAAUAUUUAGUAUUAACAUAUUAUAAUAAACAAAAACAACCAAGAGAAAUUUUAAUAAAUAAUUCAAUUAAUGAUAAAAAUGAACAUAAAAUAAUUAUUAAAUUAAUUAAUCAAAAUUAUUUAUUAUUUGAAUUUGAUGAAAAUACAAAAAUUGAAAAUAUGAUUGAUAAAUUUUAUAUUAAUACAAUUUAUAUUGGAAAAUUAGAUUAUUUUAUUAAAGAACGAUUAUCAAAUUUCAAUGGAGAUGAUUUUAUUGGUUGUAUUAAAAAUAUUAUGUUUAAUAAAAAAUUAUUGAUUGAAUCAAAACAUAUUUAUCCAUUAGAUAGAUUAGUAAAUACUUGUCAAAUAACUACACGUGAACCCAAAAAUGUUAUUUCAUAUAUAUCAUCAGAUAUAAGUUUUUCCAUUCGUGAUUAUGAUGAUAUAAUUGAACUUCAAAUUCCAUCGAAUGAUCAAUUUUACCAAUGUCAAAUAGCAAUAAAAACUCAAUCAUUCAAUGGUAUUAUAGCAUCAAUAUAUUCAAAUGAUAAUUAUUAUGGUCUUUUUCUUUUUUUAAAUAAUGGAAAAUUACAAUUAAAAUAUUAUUUAACAAAUAAUAGAACUUUACAAUUGAUAUUUAAUGAUAAUCAAACAAUUAAUGAUGGACAACUACAUUAUAUUUCAAUUUUUCGUCAAAUUUCAAAUAAAUCUAUGUAUAUACAAAUCGAUAAUCGUACAAUAAAUAUAUCUAAUCUUUUAUCUUUAUCAUUAUUUUUUGAUGUUAUAACUAUUGGCGGAUCAGAUCGUAUUAUAUCUGAUAAUUUAUUUGUUGGAUGUUUUGCUAAUAUAACAUAUAAUCAUCAUCCAGUAUUGCCUGAAGGCAUUGUGAAAUCUGAUCGUUAUGAUUGUUUUUGUGACCAAGGUUCAAUAUGUGAUAGACAAAUGCCUUGUAGUAAUAUGCAACCUUUACAAUUUUGUGGUCAAACUGAUUGUUCACUGGUUUGUACAUCAUCAAUUGAUAUGAAUAAUAAAGGUUCACUUCGAUAUUUUACUCAAAUUGGAUCAGGACAAUAUGAACAAAUUUAUUUAAUGAUAUUUACAAUAUCAGAUAAUUCAGUUUUAUUUACAACGCAAAAUGAUUCUAUUCAAGUAUCAAUUGUUAUUCAGAAUUAUUAUCCACGUUUAAUUAUUCAAAAUGGUGGAAUUAUUUAUACAUAUGAUUUUCCUGGACGUGUUCGAGGUGAUCAAUGGCAUGUAUUACAAUGUCAAAAAACAUUAAAUACAAUUGAUUUAACAUUUGAUGAUGAAACCCGACAUUAUACAUAUUUUAUUGAAUAUUUUAGUUUAUUUGGUGAUAGAAAAGUUUAUUUAUGUGGAAAAAAUUUUAUUGGUUAUAUUCAAGAUAUUAUAUUUAUGGCAGAUAAUCAUCAUGAGAAUUUAAUACAUAAUUCUAUACGUAAUCCAGGAUUAAUUGAUUAUGAUCCAAGUGUUCUUUGGAAUAAUCAUGCAAAUAUACCAGAACGUAAGUUUGAUUGA